GUUGCAAGGUGUGUGGUCUGGCAUAGCUGGGGCGUCACACACACUGCCAGGGACUCACCCCCUUGGGGACCGUCCCCACCACACACAGACCCCCCCCUCUCUGUGGGGAUGUCCCCCCAGGUUUGCAGCCCCCUUUCCCCCUCCCCUGCCUGCAGUGGCUCCCUCCCCCUGCAGUGAUGCUGGGGGUGCAGCCCCCCUGCUUUGCCAUCACUCGGUUGCCUUGCCAACGCGGUGGCCCUGUCCCCGUCCCUGCUCAGCGCUGUCACCGCGGGGCCCAGCGCGGGCGGCAGCACCCACAGCCCUGGCAGCACCGUGGGUCCGUCUGCCGGGUGCUCCUCCCCAGAGGCAGCCGCGCUGGGGCUGGAGCAGCGGUGGGACGCUGGUACCCAGCACCCUGACGGGGAGGCAGGGGAGGUGGCCGAAGCAGCUCUGACCCCCAGUCUGGCGGGGAGCAUCGGGGGGUAACCCAGGACAAAGCGUGACACAGGCCGGCAUGGACGGGGCUCCGCCACCCGCCAGCCCCGCGGGGCUCUCGGCGUACGUGGCCGUGUCACAGCUGCUGGGCCUGACGCUGUUGGCCACCACAGGCGCCUGGCUGGGCCACUACCGGGGCGGCGUGGCCUGGCACAGCCCCCUCCAGUUCAACGUGCACCCCCUCUGCAUGGUGCUGGGCAUGGUUUUCCUCCAAGCUCUCCUGGUUUACCGGGUGUUCAGGCACGAAGCCAAGCGCUCCACCAAGGCUCUGCACGCCCUGCUCCACGGCCUGGCGCUGCUCAUCGCCCUCAUCGGCAUCGUCGCCGUCUUCGAGUCCCACCGGACCAAGAGCAUCCCCAACAUGUACAGCCUGCACAGCUGGUGUGGGAUGGCCGCCUUCGUGCUCUACCUCCUGCAGUGGCUCCUGGGCUGCGGUUUCUUCCUGCUCCCCCGGGCCUCCUUCUCGCUGCGCAGCCGGUACAAACCCCAGCACGUCUUCUUCGGCAUCGCCCUCUUCGCCCUCUCCAUCGCCGCCUGCUUGCUGGGCAUCACCGAGAUGCUCCUCUUCAACAUCAAGGACUCCUACAGCCACUUUGUGCCCGAGGGUGUCUUGGCCAACACGCUGGGGGUGCUGCUGGUGGCCUUCGGGCUGGUGGUGGCCUACGUGCUGACACGGGACGACUGGAAGCGCCCGCCGCUGGCCGAGGAGAUGGCCCUGUCCAUGGACUUCAAGACGCUGACGGAAGGCGAGAGCCCUGGGGGUGGCGGCCAGUGAUGUCCCCAGCUCCCUGUCCCCACCAGAUGGUGUCUGUGGGGUGUCCCUGGUGUCCUGGGGCUCUGCCUGGCUCAGGAUGACGAGGACAGCUGGGGAAGGACGCGCUUGUUGGUGUAACGCUGCCUGUGGGUUCAGCUGUGCUCGGCCUUCAUCCUUCUCAGCUCUGCCCCGUGCAGCCCCCGGUGACCCCCGAUCCUGUCCCAGCCCCGUGGGGACAGCGGAGCCACAGCCCCAGCGGCACUGGGGGACGAAGGACAGCAGUUCCCCCAAAGGACGGGGGGGUGGGAGCCCAGAGUUCCCCUCUGCAAGUGGCCAAAGCCCGGAGUGUGGGGGCUGCUCCCCCAAAGGGCUCCCCGGGGGCUCAGAGCGACCUGGUGUCUGUGCAGGUUCAGUGUCUUUGUGUGCACAAUGUUUUGUCCUAAUGUGUUGUCUGCUCGGUCAUUGCUCCCAACCUAAUAAAUGUUUGCAACCAAACCCC